GACGUUACAACGGAUUUAGUUUAAAUUUUAUUUUACCAUAAUCGAAGUACCGGCAAUAUGGCAAACGACAGCGAUAUCAAGUCACUAAUGUCGCUCUCCUCCAAGUCGGAGGGCAGCACAGCGCCACAGACGCGGUCACGUUGGCGGAAUCCCCCGCUGCACGAGCGCUGCACCAUGCCCGACAUGGUGAAGAUCAAGGAGGCGUUCCAGGCCGCCUACCGCAACGUGCUGCUGCCCAACGAGUUCCGCACGCUGCUGAGGCAGCUGCUCAACGUGGAGUACGACGACGACGAGUUCAAAAUACUUUUUAUGAAGAUCAACACGAACCGUAACGGCGAGAUCGACUGGGACGAGCUGGUGUCGCACCUGCUGCUGGGCUACUUCGCGAACGACCCCGAGAACCAGCGCGCGUCGCUGCAGGCGCCCAUCAUGGGGCUGCCCACCGUCAUGCGCUCGCAGCACCGACACCCCAUCUCCAGGAUCUGCUUCUGCCCCGACGUGUCCAAGGACAGAAGGACGGACCCUAUGCAGGGCACGUACAUAACGGCGAGUCGCGACGGCAUGAUCAACUGGUGGUCCCUCGACAUGACCUUGUUGAGGACUGCUUUUUCGUCCAGUCCUCACCUCAAGGUGCGCACGACGUGGGUGACGGACAUGGUGUGCAUGCCGGACGUCAACAUCAUCGUCACCAGCUCCACCGAGCGCGACCUGCGCUUCUACGACUGCACCGCCAAGACAUUCACGCUCAAGAUCGUCAUCACCAGCUGGGAGUACAUGAUCUGCACGAUGUACUACCACUUCCACCAAGACGAGAACGAGAAGUGCAUGCUGAUCUGCGGCGACGUGGGCGGCAACGUGCGCGUGCUGCUGUUCUCGCCCGUGCAGCGCGGGCCCUUCCGCAACGAGGCCGGCCGCGCGCUCAUCCAGCUGCGCCACGUCGACCUGCAGCGGAAGCCGCAACUCCUGCCAGAGAUGAAGCUGGUGGAGUUCGCGCGCGUGCACGCGGAGUGGGUGCGGCAGGUGGGCUUCUACGCGUCGCUGCACUGCGUCGUGUCGUGCGCCACCUGCCCCGACUCGCUGCUCAUGUGCGACAUCGCCGGCUCCAAGACUUACAACAUGUUCCGGGUGGAGAAGGGCAUCCAAUGCUUCGCGUUCGACGAAGAAGCACACGUGCUAGCGACGGGAGGGCCGGACUGCGCCGUGCGCGUGUGGAACCCCUUCGUGCCCGCGCGCGCCAGCGCCACGCUGCUCGGCCACCACGCCGGCGUCACCUCGGUCGUGCUGCAGAACAACGGACAGACCGUCUACUCGCUGUCGCGCGACCGCGUCAUCAAGGUGUGGGACGUGCAGGGACAGCAGUGCGUGCAGACGUACAUCGACAUCCCGCCGCAAGUGGGCGAGCGCACACCCAUCUCGGCGGUGUACAACGCGGCGACGCGCGAGUACAUACUGGCGGCCAUCCGCAUCGCCGUGCUGGUGCUGGACGAGCAGCUCAACCCGCAGCACACCGACGGCUUCACGCACGCGCGCGCCGUCGCCAAGAUCCUCUACAACCCGCUGUUCAAGGUCGUCAUCACCUGCGGCAUGGACAGCAUUAUCAUCAACUGGGACCCCAUCACUGGCAAGCGCAACGCCAUGGUCCGCGACGCGCACACGCGGCUGCUGCACGGCGAGCUCAUCCCGGUGGAGAUCACGGCCGCCUGCUUCGACCCCGGCUACCAGCUGCUCGUCACCGGCGCCCGGAACGGCACACUUAAGGUGUGGAACUUUAACACUGGUCUGUGUCUGAGAAAUAUGUCUAUUGAACACAUGUGCGAGGUGACGAACUGUUUCUGGGUCGAAGGGAGAAUCCUCGCGGUGGGCUGGAACCGGCACGUGACGGAGUUCGAGGACACGGGCACGGCCACGAGCGGCAAGAGCUGGGAGACGCGCCACACCGACGACGUGCUGGCCGCCGCCGCGCGCAACCCGCUCGCGCUCGCCACCGCCAGCUACAACUCCGAGCUCAUGCUGUGGAAGCUGGAGACCGGACAGCCCUACAGGCGCUUCUCGUGCACGGACCCGAUGCUGCGAAUCAAGAUGCACUACAGUAAACGCGAUGCCGCGCGAGCUUCCUCGCCGCAGGCCGGCAGUGGCGACCGCCGCCGCUCCUCUAUGAGACGCCCGAGCAUGGGUGCGCCGCGCGAGUCGAUCAUCGACUCGACGUCGGCGAUGCAGAAGGCGCGCGCGCGGCGCGUGUCGACGGUGUCGAUGCCGGCGCGCGCGCAGAACAUGCGCCAGCUGGCCGUGCACGCCAUGAUCUUCCUGGAGACGCGCCCCUUCAGCAUGCACGUCGCGUCCCUGAUGUUGUCCCUGGAGAACGGGCAGGUGCAGUGCUGGUCGGACCACCCGGCGGGCGGCUACCAGGGCUCGUUCCAGGGCAUCCACACGGCCGGCGACUACGUGUCGUCCUUCGCCACCGACGUCGACAACCACUACCUCUUCACCGGCACCACGGUCGGCUACAUCAAGGUCUGGCUCAUGACCAACUAUCUCACGACUGAGAAGGUGCACAUCAGCAUGCCGCGCCUGCGCCUGGAGUUCCCGUUCCUGUGGCGCGACCGCGUGGAGGGCCGCGCCAAGCGCUGCGUGCGCGACCAGCCGCGCCCGCUGCUCCUCAACAGCUACCGCGCGCACCUGCGCUGCAUCACCACCAUGGCCUACAUCGACGAGCUCAAGCUCGUGCUCAGCGGCAGCUCCGACUACAGCGUGCGCGUGUGGAAGCUGUCGGGCGAGUACCUGCAGACGCUGGGCAGCUUCGCGCCCUGGUCGCUGGAGGCCACGCGCUUCCCGCCCGACGUCAAGAAGGUCGCCAGCUUCACCACCUUCAAGGUGUGGCGCGGCGGCUGGGUGUCGCGCUACGUGCCGGGGCAGGUGGAGGUGGACAAGCUGCGCGACAUCACGGAGCCCGAGCUGCGCGCCAAGACGUUCGGCGAGCCCGCGCGCGAGCCGCUGCUGGGCCGCUACUUCGCGCUGCCCACGCGGCCCGAGCGCCAGCUGCCGCUGCGCCUCGACACCUCGCUGCAGACCGUGAGUACACGUUGUCAGGUAGAAUCAUUUUUAUGCUGAGAAAUUGUAUUAUUUAUGUUCUUUCCUUUCUAGAUUUUCUAUCGACCAUUUUGUUACCAUGUUUCUGAGCAAAUAAAUGAUUUAUUAUUAUUAUUAUUAUUAGACAGUAAGCCCAGCAGUAGACCAUAGGAAACUGUUGUCAGGUAGAAUCACUUUAGCAAUAAAGCUCAGGUGCAGACCACCGACUUUUAGUUGGCCGAUAGUUGGGAACGAUUCUAAUUUAUAUGAAGAAUCGGCAGAUACCAGUUCGAUGUAAUGUGCGCACUUUCAUUACAUCUCGAUACUGAUCAACAUGGCAGCCUGAUCCAACUAUCGCCCUACUAAAAAUCGGUGGUCUGCGCCCAGGCUAAAACUGUGUUAUUUGUGUUCUCCCCUCUCUAGAGUAGCCCAGCAGUACACCUGUUCAGUUGUCAUGUAGUAUCUCUUUAGAGCUAAAGAAGCAAUAAAACUGUGUUAUUUAUUUGUGUUCCUUCCUCUCUAGAGUAGCCCAGCAGUACACCGUAGCCUUGCUGUA